ACCAAAAUAUAAUGGGGCUGUCUAAAUUCCCAGUAGCUCUGCUCUCCUUCAUGGUGAUAGCCAUAUUGUUUCAUAUUUCCGACGCCCAGAAUUCCCCGCAAGAUUACCUAAACCCCCACAACGCCGCCCGGGACCAGGUCCGGGUUCCCCACAUGACAUGGGACGCCACCUUGGCCUCCUACGCGCAGAGCUACGCCAACUCCAGGGCCGGAGACUGCAACAUGGUCCACUCCGGCGGCCCGUACGGCGAGAACUUGGCCGCCGCGUUCCCCGCCCUCAACGCCGCCGGUGCGGUGAAGAUGUGGGUGGAUGAGAAGCCUAAGUACGACUACAACUCCAACUCUUGCGUCGGCGGCGAGUGCCGGCACUACACUCAGGUGGUGUGGCGCAGCUCCGUCCGCCUUGGGUGCGGAAGGGCUCGCUGCAAUAAUGGCUGGUGGUUUGUUUGCUGCAGCUAUGCCCCCCGCGGCAACAUCAUCGGCCAGCGUCCUUACUAAUUAAUUCAAUUAUAUAUAAACAAACAUGCAAAAUAAAUAAAACAUGCAUGCGCGUCGAAUAAGGAUGUAUGUUUAUCAUCCACACACACACACAUAUAUAUACCCUAUAAUGGUGUUGCGUGCAUGAGCCAUGCAUUUGAUAUGAUGAUUGAAUGUAAUGAACUCUAUAAAAAUAUUUUAUUUGCAGUUGGUUGUAAUAA